AUAUAUUUACAACGUGUUAUUUUCAUGAAGCACCGCCGGUACAUGUGAGGUGAUGCAACGAGUGUCAACUUUUUUGUAAUUAUUUCCUCAUCUGUUAGUUUAUAAAGACCUCAAAUAUAUAGCUUUUGAAUCAUUUUGCUAGACAAUUAUUUUAGGUGAAGAAUGGCGCAGCCAGUGCCGGAGAAAAUCUCUUUCCCAGGAGAGGAAGAAAAUAUUCUUAAAUACUGGAAAGAAAUAGAUGCUUUCAAAACUUCACUUAAACUUUCCAAAGGAAAACCAAGGUAUACAUUUUAUGAUGGGCCCCCAUUUGCAACUGGACUUCCCCAUUAUGGACAUAUUUUAGCAGGAACAAUCAAAGAUGUUGUAACAAGAUGGGCACAUCAGAGUGGUUUCCAUGUUGAGAGAAGAUUUGGAUGGGAUUGUCAUGGUUUGCCAGUUGAAUAUGAAAUUGACAAAACACUUGGAAUUAAAGGACCAGAAGAUGUGGCCAAGAUGGGAAUAGAGAAGUAUAAUGCUGAAUGCCGCAAGAUUGUCAUGAGAUAUUCUUCUGAUUGGGAGAACAUUGUGACUCGACUUGGAAGAUGGAUUGACUUUGAGAAUGACUAUAAGACCAUGUAUCCCUGGUUUAUGGAGUCAAUCUGGUGGGUGUUCAAGGAACUGUACAACAAGGGGCUUGUCUAUAAAGGAUCCAAGGUAAUGCCAUUUUCUACUGCCUGUAAUACACCACUCUCAAAUUUUGAGUCGGGACAGAAUUACAAAGAUGUGGUUGACCCUGCAGUAAUUGUCAGUUUCCAGCUGGAAGAGACACCAGGUGUGUCAAUGAUUGCCUGGACAACCACUCCAUGGACAUUGCCUAGCAACCUGUCACUGUGUGUGAAUCCAACCAUGGACUAUGUCAAGGUCAAAGACAAUAACACGGAGAAGGUUUACAUCAUGAUGGAGGCUAGAUUAGAAGCUCUUUUUAAAAAUCCUGAGGAAUAUACAGUCCUAGAAAAAUUUCAAGGAAAGGUGCUUGAGAAUAAAAGAUACAAACCACUUUUCCCAUACUUCAGUUAUAUGGGGAAGAAGUCUGGAGCAUUCCGUGUAUUAUGUGACAGUUAUGUGACAGCAGAGAGUGGUACAGGUGUAGUACAUCAGGCCCCAUACUUCGGAGAGGAUGAUCAGCGUGUAUGUUUGAAGUAUGGAAUCAUCACCAGAGACUCGGAGAUGAUCUGUCCUGUAGAUGCUAGCGGCAAGUUUACUGCUGAUGUUACAGACUUCCAGGGACUGUACAUCAAGGAUGCUGAUAAGAAGAUCAUGAAACAUUUAAAGGAAGUAGGUCAUCUUGUACAUCAGAGUGAGACGAAGCAUAGUUACCCGUUCUGCUGGCGGUCAGAGACACCUCUUAUAUAUAAAGCUGUACCAAGCUGGUUUGUGAGGGUAGAACAAGCACAAGAACAGCUGUUAAAUAAUAACUCGCAGACAUACUGGGUACCAGAUUUUGUAAAAGAGAAGAGAUUUGGAAACUGGUUGAGAGAAGCUAGAGACUGGGCUAUCUCUCGUAACCGUUACUGGGGUACCCCCAUCCCAUUGUGGGUGUCUGAUGACCUAGAAGAAGUUGUCUGUGUGGGUUCCAUUGAAGAACUGGAAAAAUUGACAGGGGUCAAGGACAUUAAAGAUCUACAUAGAGAAACAAUUGAUAAGUUGACAAUUCCUUCAAAGCUUGGGAAGGGAGUGUUAAAACGUGUAUCGGAGGUGUUUGACUGCUGGUUUGAGAGUGGUAGCAUGCCUUACGCUCAAGUUCACUACCCGUUUGAAAACAAGAAAGCAUUUGACGAUGCAUUCCCUGCAGACUUUAUUGCUGAAGGCAUUGACCAGACUCGAGGAUGGUUUUACACAUUGCUAGUGUUGUCUACCUUGUUAUUUGGAAAGCCACCAUUCAAGAACUUAGUGUGCAAUGGACUUGUCUUGGCUGCAGAUGGACAGAAGAUGAGUAAAAGAAAGAAGAAUUACCCAGAUCCCCUUGAGGUUGUUCAUAAAUAUGGUGCAGAUGCACUUAGGUUAUACCUGUGUAACUCACCAGCUGUGAGAGCAGAUUCUCUCAGGUUUAGAGAAGAUGGUGUAAAAGAUAUUCUCAAGGAUGUUUUCCUUCCAUGGUAUAAUGCCUACAGAUUUCUCAUGCAAAAUGUGGAGAGAUUACAAAGGGAAGAGGGAAUGUCAUUAGAGUACCAUGAGGAAAAGUUGGGAAGCUCUGAGAAUUACAUGGAUAGAUGGAUUUUGUCUUUUACACAGUCACUCAUCAAAUAUGUAAGAGAAGAAAUGCAAGCGUAUAGACUAUACACAGUAAUGCCACGGUUGGUAAAAUUUGUUGAUGAACUGACCAACUGGUAUGUAAAGAUGAACAGGAAGAGACUAAAGGGAGAUGGUGGAGCUAGUGACUGUCUUGAUGCCCUCACAACAUUGUUUGCUGUACUCUUCUCUAUGUCUAAAGUUAUGGCACCUAUGAUACCAUACAUCACUGAAUUAAUGUACCAAAAUUUAAAGCAUCUACUAGACCCAGAAGCAAUGAAAGGACAGGACACUCGAAGUGUGCACUUCAUGAUGAUCCCAGAACCUAGGGAGGAUUUGAUUGACACGCACAUUGAGUCAGCUGUUGCCAGCAUGCAGUCAGUGAUAGAACUUGGACGUCUUGUCAGAGAAAGGAAUACAUUACCUAUCCGGUAUCCUUUAAAAGAAGUAGUUGCCAUCGCUGGUGAUCAAGAUGUGUUGAAGGAUAUCCAGUCACUGGAAUCUUAUAUACUUGAGGAAUUAAAUGUAAAGAAACUAACCACUACUACAGACAAGGAGAAAUAUGGUGCCCGGCUUCAUGCUGAACCAGACCAUAGAGUGCUGGGAGCCAAAUUGAAACAACAAUUUAAAGCAGUGACUAAAGCCAUUCAGGAGUUAACAGAUGCACAGCUGAUGGACUUCCAGCAGACAGGAGAGAUUGAUGUGCUCGGGAAUAAACUGGUGGAGGGAGAUCUUCGACUUAUGUACCAGUUUGAUGGAGCCAAGGGAUCAUCAACAUACGAUGCUCAUGCCUACCCACAUGUGUUGGUUCUGCUUGAAGUGACACCAGACAAGUCCAUGUUAGAUGAGGGUCUAGCAAGAGACGUUGUUAACCGUAUUCAAAAGCUGAGGAAAGAUGCCAGUUUAAUGCCCACAGAUGACAUCACAGUUUAUUACGAUACAACUCCAGAACUUGGCAAAGUUAUCACAGAGUUCUCUGACUUUAUCUUCUCUACCAUCAAACAACCUCUAGUACCUUAUCCUGUACCAGCAGGCCAGAAACCUAUUAUUGUGUCAGAUCCUAAAAAGAAAGACUACAAGGUUAAAGACAACAAAUUGGAGAUGGCUAUUGUUCGGAGGGGUGCUAGUGGUGCUGGCUCAACUUCAUCACCGGCUCCAGUAGUACAAGCCUUGCCACCAGCCCCUGUUAAAAAUGGCGUGAAACCUCACUGCAAAUUUGUCAACGUACAGCUGUGUGGAAUGAGCAGUCAUGAGGGUCGGGAAGGCUCAAACCAGGCAACAGUUUUGUUAGAAAACCCUCAGGGUCAGUUUGCCUUGUCUUCUAAUUCAUUGAAAGAACAGGUUCAGUCUGUGUUUGGUGUUAGGGGAAGGAAAGUGGAAGUGUAUUCAGAUGCUAAUAUUCAGACACCAUUGUCAUCAUCUGGAAAUAUCAGCAAUUUAAACACUAAAACUUUGUAUGUAGUUGCAUGCACUGGUGAGCAGUGUGGAAAGCAGCCUGUCAGCAGUCUAAGCUCCCCGGUCUGUCAUUUCACCAAUAUAGAGUAUACAGAUGCAGGUGGGAAGAAUUGUAGAGGAACAUUACUUCUAGAGAAUCCUAGAGGUGACACCUGUACCAUGUCACAAUUACAAUCUCAGGUGCAGGUUUUAGCUGGAACUAAUGGCAGACAAGUAAAAUUGUAUAGAAAGCCCGGUCAGAAAGAGGAGGUUCUGGAACAGAAUGUUAAGAAUCUUCUAGAUCUUCAUUCUGAAACACUAUAUGCUGUAUGUCUAUGAUCAGAUAAAUAAAAUAGACUUACUUUCUAAAUUGCAGGGGUACUAGUGCUAUGAUAGGCUUAAACAUGUUAAUUGGUGAUAGGCCAAAACAAGUUAAUUUUUAUCAAAUUGUGAAUCAAUACAAAUUAAUAAUGAGUAAAUUUGAUGAUAUGUUGAAUAUUUAUUUUGCUUGGUCAAUUACAAUUUUUUGAACCUGAUUUAAAGCAUUUAUUUAUAAAGAAUCUUAUAACCAUAAUAGAAAUGGCUUUAA